UCGGUGGUAAGUCAUUCAGUGGAGAUCGGGCAGCCGCGACGCUCACAUCACAGAUCCGUCGAUCGCGGCAGGAUCGAGCGCAGCCCUUUAACGUUCCGUCGAGAAAGACGCGGCUGAACACGAUAGUUUGCAUCUACUCAAACAGUUUCCCACGAUCAUGACCAGAUCGAUCCUGCUCAUCUUCGUGAUCCUGAUCUGCGGCGAAGCAAUUUUCGCACUAAGAAUCUUCCCCUUCCGAAGAAUAAAGAAAAAAGAAGAGCAGCCUGACUAUUUGAGCCAACGAGAGCAACUAAUAAAGAAUGAGAGCGAUCUAUCCCUGGGCGGCAAAUUGCAGCUGAACCCCAUCGAGGUCAGGGCCAAUGAGGUCCUGAUGACAGCCAAGGAUCGCGAGAUGCACGAUGGUUUUAUCAGCGGCAACAGCUUCCUACCGUCACAAAACUUCAUGGACGUGAUAUCGAAGAUCGAAAACUCCACAGUGUACAAAAUCCUGCGUGAUCUUCCCAAAGGCGCGAUUCUCCACGCCCACGACACCGCCAUCGUCUCGCUCGACUACAAACUCUACAAUCUGACGUAUCGCGAGAACCUGUACAUGUGUUACGCGAACGGCAGUCUGCAGCUGAAAUUUUUCAACACUCCCGACGACAAAUGCGAGUGGCGGUUGUUGAGCGAGGUGCGACAGGAUCCUGUUCAGGCAGACGCGAUCAACGAAAGGAUCAGGAAGAGUCUGACCAUGAUCACGGACAAUCCGAGUACCAAAUACGACACCGUCAACAAGGCGUGGAACAAGUUCAACAGCAUCUUCGUGUUCAUGAAAUCCUGGCUGACCUACCGACCCAUCUACGAGGAUCACCUUUAUCGCGGUCUCCAGGAGUUCUACGAUGACAACGUGAUGUACUUGGAGUUACGAACGACGCUAUCGUCGUUGUAUGAUUUCAACAAUACGGUAUACGGACCGAUCGAAAUUGCGCAGGUUCACAAGGAAGUCGCCGACAGGUUUUCAAGGGACCAUCCCGACUUUAUCGGUGUUAAACUCAUAUACGCACCGUUUCGAGGUGUUGAUGGAGGAACGGUGGACUAUUACCUGCAAACGAUGGCAAAAUUGAAGAAAUUGUUUCCGGACUUCGUGGUUGGUUUUGAUCUGGUUGGCCAGGAAGACAAGGGCCGACCGCUCAUCGAGUUCGCGGACAAAUUAAAUACCGCUAGUCCGGGAAUUCAGUUCUUCUUUCACGCCGGGGAAACCAAUUGGAACGGACAGCCCACCGAUUUGAACCUCUUCGACGCUUUCUUGCUCAACACCAAACGUAUCGGCCAUGGAUACGCGUUGACGAAGCAUCCACUUCUACUGAAACUCGCGCGGCAGCGGAAGAUCGCGAUAGAAAUUUGUCCUAUCUCGAACCAGGUUCUCGGUCUCGUGAAGGACAUGCGGAAUCAUCCGGCUACUAAUCUGUUCGCGUCGGGAUCGCCCGUGGUGGUCUCGAACGACGAUCCCGGUCUCUGGGGCGCCAGCGGGCUGACCUCCGAUUUUUACGAGGCCUUCAUGGGUCUCAUGAGCGCCAGCUCGGAUCUCAGGAGUCUCAAGCAGCUGGCGAAGAAUUCGCUGAUCUACAGCAGCUUGAACGACUCGGAGAAGCAGAAUGCACUGGCCCAGUGGAAGGACAGAUGGAACGCUUGGGUAGCCAAGCUAGCCAAAUUGUCGCCUAAUGGAUCGGAAUAGCGAGAGCGAGCAGUUCUCGUUCCUUGACUGCAUCAUCGAUACAUAAUCAAUGAUCAUAGAAAAUAUUUGUUUCUCCGGAAUACCUGAGCUUCUUUCAUUUCUUCAGUACAUUAAGCUACUUUUUAGAUCUAUAAAACUACGUUUUAUUGUACAGAAUUUUUGUUAGAAAUUUUUACAUGCAAUCUCUCUGCUACCUCGUCGUGUUUCUUAACAACGUGUUCAGCACGGAAACAGUUUUUAUAAUUGUUCAAUCAAUUAUGGACAAUUAUGAUCUUUUGAGAAAAUAUUACGCUGUAUCUUACGUUACGUAAUAAGAUACAAAAAAAUAAAUGUUAUUUUGUUCACUACGCAUGACGUCAAUAUUGAUUAAUUCGACGCCUGUUGCAGGAGAUUAUAAGCUGAGUAAGAGGUUCUACAAAUCUGAAAUAAAAUCGAUGCAUCAUUGUCAUAUGUCUAAGAGAUAUUAUCUGUAUUUAUGUUAAUUGGCUUCUAUAAUUGUCUAGAAAAAUACUGUAAUAACAGGAAUCAUGUGCGCGUUCA